AUGGUCAAUAUACUUCACGUACAGGUGACAUAUGAUAAUAGUGACUUUGACAUAAAGACAUUCUGGGAAUUGGAGACUAUCGGAAUAAAGCAGCCUACAGAUCAAAUAGAAUUUAACACAGACAAAUUUAUAAAUGAAAAUAUAACAUUCAAGAAUAGUCGUUAUACAGUAAACUUACCGUGGAUCGAAAAAGUUAGGAAACUUGAUUCGAAUUAUAUUGGUGCUUUGAACCGAGUCAAAUCCUUAACAAAGAAGCUUAUCCGAAAUGAGACAUUGCUAGAAUAUGACCGAGUGAUAGGAGAAUAUUUGAAAAAUGACUGUUCAGAGUUAGCACUCUUAUUAACUAAAGAAAGCGAAGCUUACUAUAUGCCUCAUAGACAUGUCUAUAGAGAUGACAAGGAGACAAUUCGUAUUCGUUGUGUAUAUGACGCCUCUGCACAUAUGCCAGGUUUUCCGUCAUUGAAUAAUUUGUUGUGCACCGGUGAAAAUUUAAUACCAUUGCUUCUAACGAUUUUAAUCAAUUUCAGAAUUGGAAAAAUAGGCCUUACAGCUGAUAUAGAGAAGGCUUUCCUGCAAAUUGAAUUAAAUGAAUCCGAACGCAAUUAUCACAGAUUUCUGUGGUAUGAUAAACCCGUGACUGACUCGUCAAAAUUACCGAAUCUGACAGAGUAUCGUAUGAAGAGAGUAACGUUUGGCGUUACAUGCAGUCCCUUCCUACUAGCGGCAACUUUGAGAAAGCAUUUAACGACACAACCUGUAGAAUUCCAACAAGUGAGUGAUAUUCUCUUGAAAUCAUUUUACGUCGAUGAUUUAGUCGUACAGCUGACAAUAUAG